AUGGCUGAACAACUCGACAUGGGUCGUCUGAACCUCAACGACUCGCAGCACGCUCCCAACGGCUUCAACGGCGAGCGCUCUGCUUACAUUCCUCCCCAUCUGCGCGGCCGUCCGGGAGGUGGCCCUGGUGGCCCUGCCCCCAUGGACGGCCCGCCUGCGAUGAUGAACGGCGGCGGCCCUGGCAUUGGUGGCAGUGCUUGGGGACCUGCACCAGGAGGUCACGGUCCUCCCCAGCAGAUGAACGGUGGCGGCGGCGGCUGGGCCAACGCACCCAACUUCACUCCCCGCGGUCGUGACGGUCCCCAGGGCGGUGGAUGGGGCGGCGCUCCUCAGGGAAGGUUCGACCCCGGUGCCUACGGCAAGCCAGGUGGUGGUGCUGGUGGAGGCUCUACCCGAGGCUCUGGAGACGGUCAGUGGAAGGACGGCAAGCACGUUCCAGGCCCUGCAAAUCAGCGCCUCGAGCGUGAUCUCUUCGGAGUCCCCAACGACCCCUCCAAGCAGCAGACCGGUAUCAACUUCGAAAAGUACGACGACAUUCCCGUCGAGGCUUCCGGUCAGGGUGUGCCCGAGCCCGUCACUCGCUUCACAAACCCUCCUCUGGACGACCAUCUGUUGAGCAACAUCGAGCUCUCCGGCUACAAGGUCCCUACUCCUGUCCAGAAAUACUCUAUUCCCAUUGUCAUGGGCGGCCGUGAUCUCAUGGCUUGUGCUCAGACUGGUUCUGGAAAAACUGGUGGUUUCCUCUUCCCUAUCCUGGCCCAGAACUUCGUCAACGGACCUUCUCCUCCCCCUCAGUCACAGGCAGGCGGAUACGGACGUCAGCGCAAGGCUUACCCCACUUCUUUGGUGCUUGCUCCCACUCGUGAGCUGGUAUCUCAGAUUUUCGAGGAGGCCCGCAAGUUCGCCUACCGUUCAUGGGUCCGUCCCUGUGUCGUUUAUGGUGGUGCGGAUAUUGGUUCCCAGCUUCGCCAGAUUGAGCGUGGCUGUGAUCUUCUGGUCGCUACCCCCGGUCGUCUCGUCGAUUUGAUUGAGCGUGGUCGCAUCUCUCUUGCCAACAUCAAAUACCUUGUUCUCGACGAGGCCGAUCGCAUGUUGGACAUGGGUUUCGAGCCUCAGAUUCGCCGCAUCGUCGAGGGCGAGGACAUGCCUCCUACCGCUGCCCGCCAGACGCUCAUGUUUUCAGCCACCUUCCCCCGCGACAUCCAGAUGCUCGCCCGCGACUUCUUGAAGGAGUACAUCUUUCUUUCUGUCGGUCGUGUCGGAUCUACUUCUGAGAACAUCACACAGAAGGUCGAAUACGUUGAAGAUGCCGACAAGCGCUCAGUUCUUCUUGAUAUUCUUCACACCCACGGUGCUGGUCUCACCUUGAUUUUCGUCGAAACCAAGCGCAUGGCCGACUCCCUCUCCGACUUUUUGAUCAACCAGGGUUUCCCUGCCACCUCUAUUCACGGUGACCGUACUCAGCGCGAGCGUGAGAAGGCUCUUGAGAUGUUCCGCAACGGUCGUUGCCCCAUUUUGGUUGCCACCGCUGUUGCCGCCCGUGGUUUGGACAUUCCUAAUGUCAAGCACGUGGUCAACUAUGAUCUGCCUACCGACAUUGACGACUAUGUCCAUCGUAUCGGUCGUACUGGUCGUGCCGGAAACACUGGUAUCGCGACUGCCUUCUUCAACCGUGGCAACCGCGGUGUUGUACGCGACCUCCUCGAUCUCCUCAAGGAGGCCAACCAGGAAGUCCCGAGCUUCCUCGAAUCUAUUGCUCGCGAAGGCUCUGGCUUCGGUGGUGGCGGUCGCGGAGGACGCGGUGGCGGUCGUGGCCGUGGCGGCGCUGCAACUCGUGAUGUACGUCGCAUGGGCGGCGGCAUGGGUGGCGGAGGCUGGGGUGGAGCUCCUCAGGGAGGCUAUGGUGGCGGAUACGGUGGUGGACCCGCUCCUGGUGGCUAUGCCGCCCCCCCUGCUUCUGGUGGUUACGGAGGUGGUGGUGGUGGCUAUGGUGGAGGCUACGGCAACCCAUCUGGCCCUGGCGGCAACUCUUGGUGGUAA